AUGUCCGAGUGUUGGAGCUCACCAGAUGACCUGCAGCCAGAGCAUGAGGCCCACAUACCAGGAAACACACCCCCUCAGUCACCAGAUGACCUGCAGCCAGAACAUGAGGCCCACAUACCAGGAAACACACCCCCUCAGUCACCAGAUGACCUGCAGCCAGAACAUGAGGCCCACAUACCAGGAAACACACCCCCUCAGUCACCAGAUGACCUGCAGCCAGAACAUGAGGCCCACAUACCAGUAAACACACCCCCUCAGUCACCAGAUGACCUGCAGCCAGAACAUGAGGCCCACAUACCAGGAAACACACCUCCUCAGUCACCAGAUGACAUGCAGCCAGAACAUGAGGCCCACAUACCAGGAAACACACCUCCUCAGUCACCAGAUGACCUGCAGCCAGAACAUGAGGCCCACAUACCAGGAAACACACCCCCUCAGUCACCAGAUGACCUGCAGCCAGAACAUGAGGCCCACAUACCAGGAAACACACCCCCUCAGUCACCAGAUGACCUGCAGCCAGAACAUGAGGCCCACAUACCAGGAAACACACCCCCUCAGUCACCAGAUGACCUGCAGCCAGAACAUGAGGCCCACAUACCAGGAAACACACCCCCUCAGUCACCAGAUGACCUGCAGCCAGAACAUGAGGCCCACAUACCAGGAAACACACCCCCUCAGUCACCAGAUGACCUGCAGCCAGAACAUGAGGCCCACAUACCAGGAAACACACCCCCUCAGUCACCAGAUGACCUGCAGCCAGAACAUGAGGCCCACAUACCAGGAAACACACCCCCUCAGUCACCAGAUGACCUGCAGCCAGAACAUGAGGCCCACAUACCAGGAAACACACCCCCUCAGUCACCAGAUGACCUGCAGCCAGAACAUGAGGCCCACAUACCAGGAAACACACCCCCUCAGUCACCAGAUGAGUUGCAGCCAGAACAUGAGGCCAACAUACCUGCCCCUAACUUACCUGACACUGAUGCAGACCCUGAUACUCCUUCCUCAUUGUCUGCAACAUAA